AUUUAAUAAAUUUCUAUUCAGGAACUAACGUCAAACAACACCAAAGUCAAGAGCCUGAAUACAUUUCUUCAUCCUACGCACCCUUCUUCCCCUUAUCCUGCGCACCUCUCGCCGGCCCCGUAGAUCCACUUGCUCACUUUCUCUUGAGAGAUAUUUAUUCAACUUUACAGCUCUUGCUUGCUGCUUAUUUUAACUGAUAAAGGGGCAUUCUUGAGGGAUUGAAUCAUGAGUUGCUUCAGCUGUUGUGAAGAAGAUGAUAUGCAUAAAGCUGCUGACAAUGGAAACCCAUACAUGGCAAAAAAUUCGGCAGGAACUGAUGGAGGUUAUCCUGCAUCAGAAGCAGCACCCAGGGGUGCUCAAACUGUGAAAGUCCAGCCUAUAGAAGUCCCUGCUAUUUCAGUGGAGGAACUGAAGGAAGUUACUGAAAACUUUGAAACAAAUGCUUUGAUUGGAGAAGGUUCAUAUGGAAGAGUAUAUUAUGGGGUUCUUAAAAGUGGGCAAGCAGCAGCAAUAAAAAAGUUAGAUGCCAGCAAGCAACCUGAUGAGGAAUUUUUAGCCCAGGUUUCCAUGGUAUCAAGGUUAAAGCAUGAAAACUUUGUUCAAUUGCUUGGUUACUGUGUUGAUGGAAAUUCACGUGUACUUGCCUAUGAGUUUGCAUCUAAUGGAUCUCUUCAUGAUAUUCUUCAUGGAAGGAAAGGUGUUAAAGGAGCUCAGCCUGGCCCCGUUUUGUCAUGGCAACAGCGAGUAAAAAUUGCUGUAGGCGCUGCAAAAGGGCUUGAAUACUUACAUGAAAAGGCAGACCCUCACAUCAUCCAUCGUGAUAUUAAGUCCAGCAAUGUACUAAUUUUUGAUGAUGAUGUUGCGAAGAUUGCAGACUUUGAUUUGUCCAAUCAAGCCCCUGAUAUGGCAGCACGCCUUCAUUCCACUCGUGUUCUUGGAACUUUUGGUUAUCAUGCACCUGAAUAUGCAAUGACUGGACAGUUGAAUGCUAAGAGUGAUGUGUACAGCUUUGGUGUUGUCCUGCUUGAGCUUCUAACAGGGCGAAAACCUGUUGAUCAUACGUUGCCACGUGGACAGCAGAGUCUAGUGACAUGGGCUACACCAAAACUUAGUGAGGACAAAGUUAGGCAGUGUGUUGAUGCAAGACUAGGAGGUGAUUACCCUCCAAAGGCAGUUGCAAAGAUGGCUGCAGUUGCUGCCCUGUGUGUGCAAUAUGAAGCUGAUUUUCGGCCAAAUAUGAGCAUUGUUGUCAAAGCACUCCAGCCCCUGUUAAAUGCUCGGCCCGGACAUGCUGGUGAAUCAGCACAUUAAUGACUCUUUCUCUCUCUUUCUAGUGUCCGUGUGCAAGAGUGCACACAUGCAAUGCAAGAUUGGAAAAUAUGACAAAGGGAUUGUUUAAGGAGGCGGUGAUAAAUUGUUUGUCGAGGUUCUAUAUGCUUCAAUUAUAUAUGGUGUAUUUGAUUUGUUCAUAAUGGGUGAAUUUGUUUAUUUCUCACACUACCUAGCAUUUUUCUUAAUUAUUAUUUUUGGCUUCAGCUUCUA